CCGCCAUUAGAGAGUAGAGAGUGGAGAGCUGCUGCUCUAGUAAUAAAGAAAGAAACUCGCUUCCAGAUAUGCCCCUCCAACCCUAGAAGAACCCAACCCACACUGACCCAGAUCUUCCAUUUCUACUCAGGGGCCGCAGAGGAGCGGAAUCGGAAUCGGAAUCGGAAUCGGACUAUUAGACUUCCGGCGUGCACCCAUUGAAUUCAGAAUUUGGGGAUGGAGGAGACUACCAGACAAAUAUGUUUCCCUAUUGAUACUCAAUCUCCUGAUAUCAAGCUUGCUACUCUCCUGCUUGCUACCAUUCAGGAAGCUAAAGACAGAAUUAAGGAAACCAAAGACCGGGUUUACCAGAUCGAAUAUGUCUUCCUUGCUCAGCUAUACCCCUUAUUACAGUCCAAGUCCGAAACUCUCCAGAAAUUUCAAGAUGAGUGGAAAUCAAAGGAAGCUAGUCUCUUGCUUCUAAUUGAAACACUUCGAGCUGAAAACGAACUAACCAGUGAGGAGAACCGCUCGCUCAAGCUUGGCAGGGAAAAGAUGUUCAGAGAAAAGGAAGGCAUUAUAAACCAACUGCGAGAUGAAGUGACCGGCCUACAACUAAGGAGUGAUGAGCUGGGACAAACGCUUGACCACAAGUCUAAGGAAGCCGACGAGGGAAUGGAAUUGCGGAGUAAGUUGCUCCAAGAGGUUGAAUUGAAAGACAGUGUCAUUGUGAGUAAGGAAAAGCAACUGAAAGAGAGUGAAGAAAGUAGAAAUGUGCUUUAUGCGAAAGUGAGUGAUCUUGAAAAAAGAGCUGAUGAGGUCAAACAAAAUCUGUUCAAGAAGAUUGAGUUACAAGCUUCUGAGAUCGUGAACAAUGAAAAGCUUUUGAAGUAUCGGGAAGAAGAGAAAAAACUAAUGUUGGCCAAAUUGAAAAAUGUGGAAGAAAAUGUUAGCCAACUCCAGAAGGAGCUCCUAACAAAGAAUGAAGAAGUGGAAGAUUGUGCAAGAGAGAAAAAACUUCUUCUGAGAAAAAUGACUGGUUUAGAGGAGAAAGUUACUGAGCUACAAGGGGAUCUCAGAGGCAGGGCCGGUGAAGCGGCCAAAAGAAGGGGUUCGACUGAAAAUUUACACCAGCAGGUUGAAUCAAUAACCACAGAUUUACUGACCGAGAGGAAGAAAUAUGGGGAACUUACAGCUGCUUACAAAAGUCUAAAAUCUCAGCACAUAUAUCUCCGCAGCAAAUAUGGUCUUACCCAGGAGAAUAUGCUCCCCCAUAAUAAACUGGAAGACGAAAGUGAUUUAUUAAGAAAUGAUCAGAAUCCAUCAACUUUCCAUGAUCUUGAAGAUAAAAAUCAACAUGCUUCUCCAGCUGCUUGUAACAUAAAGAAAAUGAAGAAUGAAAUCAGUUUUAACAAUAACUUGAAUGAGGGCAAAGUACAAAAACCAAUUCAAGCAACAAGUCCUUUCUCUUCUACUUCUGUUUCACCCAAAUGUCCUUCCACUGUAAAAUCUGCUCCAGUAGCUGGUAGAAAGCGGUCUGCAUCGUCCUGGAUAGACACGAGAUCCCGCCAAGGCCAAAAUGGGACUGACCCACACGAUGAUUUUCUUGACACCCCGAUUGAGAACGUAAGAGCAAACUUGCAUAGAUCAACAAAGGAAAAAGUUACUGAUCUUCCAGUUCCAGUUCAAAAUGACUCAAAUUUAGGUAGCUCUGAUGAUGAAACACAGGAUGUGACUGCUGAUCAUCCUCGGCUACCAAAGCAGCAUAUGCCAGUUACAGUGGCUGGCAAAAAUGGUUUCAAGUAUGUGGAACCUGUAAGAAAGAGGGCUGAGCGGGAAAAUUUGAAAGGAGUUGAAUGCAAACAGUGCAAAAAGUUUUAUGAUGCUGUUCUUCCAGAUGAUGGUGGCAAGGACAAUGAUAAUAAUAAGCAUGAUUUCCGCUGUGAGCAUCAUGAAGGUGUUUCUCGACACAGAGGUGACGUAGCAAGUCACAUCGGUGACGUUCGCGAGCCUAUCCAGUCAUUAUUCAGACUAAAGUCCAUGAGAGUAUCUCAGUGAAGUCAGACUAAUCUCCAACCACAACAAGCGCACGAACCCGAGACCCCUCAAACAUAUUGGCUACAAACUGGUAGGAGUUUGGACUCAAACGCUAAAAAUGAAGAUUUCAUGCUAAGCCACUCAACUAACCUUAUCACACAUUGUGAUUAAUGGACUCCCAUUUGGACAUUGUUAAAAAAAUAAAUGUUCAAAAAGGACUUCCAUUUUGGUGUAAGAGAUUAGAAAACCCAAAGAGAAGGUAAGUAGAGUAAUGCUCUUCAUAAUUGAUAAAAUUAUCAUGAGAUAAUACAAUAUACAACCUCCACAAAUAAAGUAGGCGAAUAUGUUUACUCACUCACUCAAUCACUCGGUAUGCUAUAAUUUCACGUGCAUGCAUCUGAUCUGCCGUAUCUGUCUUUCAACUCACGACAGAAAUUUACAGAAGCAUAGAUUUAAAUUUUGAUUCACUGUCACAAAUAA